CGCAUCUCAUCCGCCCAUCCCCUCCUGCCAGCUGCCACUUGCAGUAGUGGUGAUGCUGCUCCCUGGUGUGUAGAGGAGGAGAGAGAGCGUGUCCGCUGCCCAAUGACAGCGCAGGAUGCUGAGAGAGGCUGCUGAGGGUGAAUGGAGGCGACAAGAUGCCGUCUAGAGCGGCGAAGGAGAGGAAUUAACAUCGAUGAAGAUCUGACUUUGAUGUGCUCCACCUAUCAAGGCAUGAAAUAAGUCACCCAUGUGUGGUUCAGAGAGUCAGAGCAGUCUCAUUUUAGCGUGCUCCUGUUAAGGACCCUCUGGUGGCUACACCGCCGAUUCACAGGACAUGUACGGCAGUGCCAGAGCUGUAGGCCAUAUAGAGAGCAGCCCCGCACGGUCCCCGCGCCUGCCAAGGUCCCCCAGACUGGGCCAUCGGAGGGCCAACAGCGGGGGCGGGGGUGGUGCGGGGGGCAAGACGCUCUCCAUGGAGAACAUCCAGUCCCUCAACGCUGCCUAUGCUACUUCGGGGCCCAUGUACCUGAGUGACCAUGAGGGCGUGGGCUCCACUGCCACCUACCCAAAAGGCACUAUGACUCUGGGCCGUGCCACCAGCCGGGCCAUGUACGGGGGCCGCGUCACAGCCAUGGGCAGCAGUCCCAACAUUGCUUCAGUGGGGCUGCCUCAUCACGCUGACCUUCUGUCUUAUAGUGACCUGGGUUCCCUCUCCAUGCUGCACCACCACCACCACCACCAGGGGGUGCCGUCUGCCCUGCUGAGGCAGGCAGUGCGGGGCAGUGGGGGGGAGCUGCUGGAGAUGCAGGCCCAGCUCAGGGAUAUGCAGAGGGAGAAUGAGCUGCUGCGCAGAGAGCUUGACCUGAAGGACAGUAAGUUGGGAUCUUCCACCAACAGCAUCAAGAGCUUCUGGAGUCCUGAGCUGAAGAAGGAGAGAAUAAUGAGGAAAGAGGAGGCAGCUCGCACAUCAAUCCUUAAAGAGCAGAUGAGAGUCACUCAUGAGGAGAACCAGCAUCUCCAGAUGACCAUCCAAGCUCUGCAGGACGAGCUGCGCACACAACGAGAUCUGAACCACCUGCUGCAGCAGGAGAGCGGCAACCGCUCCGCCUCUGAGCACUUCACCACCAUCGAGCUGACAGAGGAGAACUUCCGUCGGCUGCAGGCCGAACAUGACAGACAAGCCAAGGAGCUCUUCUUGCUGAGAAAGACUCUGGAGGAGAUGGAGUUGAGAAUCGAGACCCAGAAACAGACACUGGGUGCCAGAGAUGAGUCCAUUAAGAAGCUGCUGGAGAUGCUGCAGAGCAAAGGGCUGCCCCCGGGGCCGGGCAGGGCAUCUGAGGAGGAGGAGCAGGAGAGAGCCAGGCGCAUUGCUGAGGCAGAGGCCCAGCUCGGACACCUGGAGGUCAUUCUGGAUCAAAAGGAGAAGGAAAACAUCCAUCUGCGAGAGGAACUGCACAGAAGAAAUCAGCUGCAUCAGGAUCCAAGCAAAACCAAAGCCCUGCAGACCAUCAUAGAGAUGAAAGACACCAAAAUUGCCUCUCUGGAGCGCAACAUUCGAGAUCUGGAGGAUGAGAUCCAAAUGCUGAAGGCAAACGGCUUACUGAACACAGAGGACAGAGAGGAGGAGAUCAAACAAAUGGAGGUCUACAAGAACCACUCUAAGUUUAUGAAGACCAAGAUUGACCAGCUGAAGCAGGAGUUGUCAAAAAAGGAGUCGGAGCUGCUGGCUCUGCAGACAAAACUAGAGACCCUCAACAACCAGAACUCAGACUGCAAACAGCAUAUUGAGGUGCUCAAAGAGUCUCUCACUGCCAAGGAGCAACGUGCUGCCAUCCUGCAAACAGAGGUGGAUGCUCUGCGUCUGCGUCUGGAGGAGAAAGAGUCCUUCCUGAACAAGAAAACCAAGCAGCUGCAGGACCUGACGGAGGAGAAGGGCACUCUCGCCGGAGAAAUCAGGGACAUGAAAGACAUGCUAGAGGUCAAAGAAAGGAAGAUCAAUGUCCUGCAGAAGAAGAUUGAGAACCUGCAGGAGCAGCUGCGGGACAAAGACAAGCAGCUGGGGAACCUGAAGGACAGGGUCAAGUCUCUGCAGACCGACUCCAGUAACACAGACACUGCCCUGGCCACCCUGGAGGAGGCGCUGUCAGAGAAGGAGAGGAUUAUAGAGCGUUUAAAGGACCAAAGGGAGAGGGAAGACAGAGAACGUCUGGAAGAAGUGGAGUCCUAUAAGAAGGAGAACAAAGAUCUGAAGGAGAAAGUCAACAGCCUGCAGAUAGAAUUAACAGAGAAAGAGUCCAGUCUCAUCGAUUUGAAGGAACAUGCCUCAUCACUGGCAUCUUCUGGCCUCAAGAAGGAUUCAAAGCUCAAGUCACUGGAGAUUGCCAUCGAGCAGAAAAAAGAGGAGUGUAGUAAGUUGGAGACGCAGUUGCAGAAGAAGGCCCAUGAAGUUGAGCAGCAGUCCGGCUCCAGAGGGAACCCGGAGUACGUGGACCGAGUAAAGCUGCUGGAGAAGGAGGUGAGCUACUACAAGGACGAAGCCAACAAGGCUCAGACAGAGGUGGAGAGACUCCUGGACAUCCUGCGAGAGGUGGAGACUGAAAAGAAUGACAAGGACAAGAAGAUCGCUGAGUUGGAAAGACAAGGAGGCAAAGACCAGACUAAGAAGGGUCCGAACAUCAAACUGGGACCACAAGGGGAAAAGAAAGGCUUAGGACAAGACUCUCGUAAGGACGGUUCCAUGGACAGUGGCCACCACUUAAAGCUGGAAGAGCUGAUGAACACGCUGGAACGGACAAGACAGGAGCUGGAUUCAACCAAGCAGCGUCUCUCCUCGACACAGCAGUCACUGCAGGAGAGGGACACACACCUCACAAACAUGAGACAAGAGCGCAGGAAGCAGCUGGAGGAGAUCCUGGAGAUGAAGCAACAAGCUCUGCUGGCAGCCAUCAGUGAGAAAGAUGCUAAUAUUGCACUGCUGGAACUGUCUGCCUCCAAUAAAAAGAAGACCCAGGAGGAGGUGCUGGCCCUCAAGAGGGAUCGGGACAAACUGAUGCACCAGCUCAAACAACAUACACAAAGCAGAAUGAAGCUGAUAGCCGACAACUAUGAAGACGAGCAAUAUCAUCCACACGGUCCUCACCACCCCCAGCCUCAGCCCCCGCACGCUCAGCCUCAGUCCCAGCCCCAGUACCCUCACGCUCCUCACACCCAGCAGACUCCAUAUCCACACGCCCUGCAUCCGCAGCAUCCACAGCACCCACAGCACCCGCAGCACCCACAGGUGCCCCCACAGCACCCACACCCACAGCAGCCACAACCCCAGUACCCUCACCCUCCUCACCCACAGCACCCGCAUCCCCAACACCAACAGCACCCACGCCCCCAACAGCCCCAACACCCUCACCAACAGCACCCACAGCAUCCUCCACAGCACCCACACGGACAUCCCCCUCCGCAGCACCCUCACCCUCAGCACCCGCACGGCCCUCCCCAACAAGGACCCCACCCUCAACAUCCACAUCCCCAGCAUCCUCAACACCCUCAGCAUCCACAGCACCCGCAGCACCCGCACCACACCCAGCAUCCACGUCACCCGUCACCCCAUCAUCGUGGAGGACCAGCCCGAGGACCCCCACAUGGUGGUCACCGCCCCGCCCCGGACCAGGAUGACGACGAGGGCAUUUGGGCAUAAUCCUUGCUGUGACAACCAAAGCUCUAAUGUUGUUUUGAGGGAUGAUUAAGUCACUACUGGAGGAGCACAGCCAUGCCAUGAUGUUGAAACACUACCCGACCAAACAUUUCUUACCUCCACUCAAUCGACACUCAGCAAUGGGACAUUUGUUUAUUUUCCGGGGAAGAGGAGGGAGCACUCAGGUGUGCAGGUCAUGCAGGGAGACUGAUAUCUGAGCAGGUGACCUGGGACCUCUUCUUUGUGUGAACAGGAGCAGAUGUCAUCAACUUCCUCCAUAAAGGAUCACAGAUACGCGACUGAACUGGAAGGAAAGAGACAGAUGUUGUUGCCCAUGGAGAGACAGAUGUGCUCGUUGUCAGAUUCUUUGCUUGGACAGGUCAUGUGAUCAACAUGGCAGCCCUUCACCAGAGGUCACCUCACCUGUCUGUCACCUGUCGGGACGCUGCACCUCUUCAGGCCAACAACGCCCUCUUGAUUCUCCCAGCAGAGAUCUCAUGACUGUCUGCCAGCCCAGUAUUUGUUCUCCAUGCUUCUUCCUUUGAUUGAUUCAAGAUCAUGGUUGUCUUGCUGUCUGCUUCACCUGCCUGACUGUCUCCUCUGGCUCUGGUUGGCUCCCCUACCGGACUCUGUCAUGGUUUCCUGAUCCUCACUGCCCUGCUGACCCACCUGGUGACAUCUGACCCCUCUACCUGGCUGUCAUUAUCCUCAAUGUGACUCAGUGCGAGUCUCUUCUGUUGUUUUAAUCAUCUGAUUGUGUCAAUGAGCUAUUUUACCCUUUGUGGCACACAGUGACCUCUUUUUUUACCUUUAUACAUACCCCACCCACCACUCAUUUUUAGAGAAGCUUGUGUUCAGCAUUUCUAAAAGUGAUGUAGUGGCCCUUCACUUGCAUGUUCCACACACCAGAUUUCAGUAAAUCUAUUUAUUUAUUUUUUUGCAAAAGGAAGAGCUUAGAGUUUACCGAUAGUACGCCUUUAGCCUUGCCUGCAGCAUCGGGGGUUUCCUUCGCUGCAUGAGCAGGGCCCUCCAGUUCUUGGGCGUGUUUUAGCCUUAAGGCUGUGGCUGCCAUCGAUGUUUCUCUUCAUGUUACCUCAUUUUAAGUAAUCAAAAAAAUAAUCAAUCUAUGCAGGUGUCAACGUAGAGUGAAUGAAUUUUUAUUUCCCCAUCCUUACUGAAAUUUAUCAAAGUGUAAUUAACCAUCCAAUCAAAGCGGCCAAGAGAGUGGUCAGAAAAUAUUCAUCAGUCAGAUUAUUUUGAGGUUCUGAGACUAUGCACCUAUGCACCUCUGUGUUGCAGGAAUUUUUACUAAUGGUGCUUCUGCUGGUGCUCAAACUACAUGGUGUCAGAAGACCUGGUCAAGAGCAUCUUUUAGUCCUUUUACAAUAGAGGGACUUGAUCCCACUAUGGGCUUCAUAAACAGCUGUAAAAGGCUGCUUUGUACAUACGAUUUGACCUUGGGGGCUUUGUUAGCCACAAUCACUUUACGACCCACACAGAGGUGAUUUACCUGAAUGAAUACUGCUACUAUAAAUACCAUAAUAGACUAUGAAGUGGACGCAAUGUUCAGUAGAUGUUUUCCCUGCAGGUCUAUUUGUACCACUGACACCCCAGUCUCCGACCUACAGUAUGCUCCUGCUCCCCUCUCCCUUGUAAUUCUCCUCUUCCAGCAGUAGCCUGUGUGACCUCCCCAAACAUAGUGACUUGUUUUCUCCUUCUCAACAAGAUGGCCUGUGCCUCGUAAAAACUGUACACAUAUAUGAUAGAUAUGCAUAUAUUAUACAUAUAGAGAGAAAUCUAUAGAGUGUGUCUAUACGUGGUCAGAAAAUCGUUUCAAACUGACAAGAUAAUAUAUGUUUUUUCUUCAUGGUUAUUUUUCUAACUGGCUGGAGGUCAGAGAGAUGUCUUAUUUAGAGUGUUGAGUGGUGUGAUUUUCCUCUGAUUUGUACAUUGCGAGAAAACCCCUCAGCAGCAAGUAACAUUCCCUGUCUGAAAACACAGGACAGCCCAGAAAAAAGAGCUUUAGUUUAUGGGAAAUAGAGACGUGUAUCCAAAUCUAUCUAGAAGUCUAGAAAAGAUGACAUUAUUACAUUCCUUACUUAAUGUGAAAACAUUCAGUUGAAGACCACUUGGCUUGUGGUGACAACUUGGAACAAAAAAACAAAGACUUGUCUUGAAUUUUGCAGCUCACAUAAGUAGCAACGAGAUUAUGUCUGCUGCACUCAGCAGUCAGUAACUUGCACUUGUGAGUGAGGACUAUCACUAUUAACAUCCAAGUGGAGGUUUGAGUGACUCUGUCGGGAUGCAUUUCUUUCACGUGUUUGUUGUCGUCGUUGUCUUGUGAACAGAAGUGGUGACAUAUGUGACCGUGACAGCUGAUUAAGUAGAAAAACCAACACACAUCGUUACAGUAUAGUGGAAAGUUGAAUUAGACUGUUACUAUCCCCACUUCCUCUCCCUCCCCUCAUGGUGCCUGUGUGUCUCCCUUGUAUGGCCAAGUGUUGAUUGUUGUAUAUAAAUGUCUUUUCAUCCCCCCAUCCUCCACAAACCGAGGUGAUUCACGCAUCGUCUUUUAUGUGUCUGCUUCACACAUGAACCUUCGCAGCUCCUGCCGCUGACCAAGAAUCAACAGAUUGAGUGAAACGUUGGUGUUUGUGUUUACAAAUGUUACAAGAAAGGUCCUGAUUUGGAUUUUAUUUAUUUAUUUAUUUUUUUUAAGGGAAGACAAUGCAAACAGACAGAGGAGCUAAAAAUCCUCUCACUUCACCAUCAGGGGGGCGGAGUACGAAUCCUCCAUUUUCAGGUCCUUAUCUACUGAAUACUUGAAGUAGGGGGGUUCUCCUACCAUGAAAUACCAUAUAUAAUUAACAUGGUAGAAAACAUGAAACAUUUCAAUUGUGCCCAUGCAUGCUGAUUUUUACAUAAUGUGCCAACUGAAAGUGAUGAUGUAAGGAUGAUCUCCUGUUCUCUAUGCAGAGCGAUUUCUCAACCGUUGUGUCAAAAAGGUUUAGAAGACACAGAGGCUUAGAGGCUGAGGCUGGUUUCCUGGGCUUAGACUUAAGACUAAUCCUGGUUGUGAAUGGCUGACAUCGCACACACCGUGAGGUGGAGUCAAAAAGUCAAGUCUGCAUCUGUGCCUAGAAGCAGCCGUAUAGAAAGACUUGAGUUGAAAGGCCUGUAGAUUCACCAGUAAUUUUCAAAGGCCUUCAAAAAAAAGUAUGAAAAGCCUAACAUACAUUUUCACUUUAUUGUUGUAUACAGGUUGUUUUUCUUUUAUUGUAUUUUGCUGAAAACUUUGGAUUAAACAAAUCACUGUGACCAAUGCCAGAAACAUUUUUGUUUGACAGAACAAAUAUUGUGUUUACUUUUUUAUUAUUCAUUUUUUUAUUUAAGUUAGCUUUAUUUUUUCUAUUGUUUCAGCUUAUUGAAUAUGCCAGUUUGAGACUGUACUAUUUGUAUAAGUAAAUGUUUUGAGCUGUACAGUAAAAACCUAGGAACAAGUUCAAUGUGAGUGUCCAGCAUGCUGAAUGAUUACUUGUGUGAACGUGAGCUAAUCUCCCAUGAAGCAUCAUUCCUCACUCAUUAAUUGCAUCUGCAUCAUGCAUUGUGACGGUGUGAUGUUGUGUUUGAGAGUGACGUGUGUCUCACUUACUGUGUCCCAUUAGUAGACAGCCUGUGCAGUUUUGUGAGAGUGCAGCAUGUUUUUGGGGUUGCUUGUGUAAACGUAAUUCACAAAAGAGAGACGUGCGUGUGUGCCUGUGUGUGCGUGUAUGCAUAGCUGCUUUUAUGGGUAUGGGUGUGUUUGCGUGUCUGUAUGUGUGUGUUAUGAUUGCACAAGAGAAAAAUCUAUUUAAAAAAAACACUUUAUCAGAGGAAGACCCAAGAGAAAAAAAAAGCGAGAUUGAGGCAAAGUUUUGAAUGAAGCAUGGAUACUCUGUACUGUUUUUUGUUUUUUAAACCUAGGAGGCUGUCCUCAGUGCCCCAGUUUGCUAUUGUAUGUGCUGUAUCAGAAUAUUACUAUUGAGUGUUGGCCAGCUUGUUUAUAUCCAUCAA